GCAGAAGAGCAGCUGCAUUCGGUCAAGAGCACGCAUUCGUUUCUUGAAUGCUAUGGGGCUCUUUGGAAGUAAUCUGCCAAUGUGCCCUGCAAAUCAACAUUGCUCGCAAUGGGCUAGGAAUCAUAUGAAAUAUUGUCUGUGCACCAGGAAGGAUUGGAUUUCACUGAUAUUGGGAUUACUUAGUGUUAUAAGUUGGGGUGUUGCUGAGGUACCUCAGAUCAUUACAAAUUACAAAGAGAAAUCAUCCGAAGGACUUGCCAUAGGCUUCCUUUUGACCUGGAUACUUGGGGACCUGUUCAACGUGUUUGGUUGUUUGCUAGAACCAGCUACGCUUCCAACUCAGUACUAUAUGGCAGUGCUGUACUUGGUAACUACUUUAGCUCUCGCCUCCCAAGCAGCUUACUAUGGUUACAUAUCUAAGAGACAAGGUCAUAAGAUUGAGUCUGUAGACAAGAAAAGAAGAUGCAGUUAUGAUAACACAGAAGAGUCGAGGGUUCCGUUGCUAUCUAAGUUGACUCCAAGUUUGGCAAUUCCAUCUGGUGAGGAGUAUUCUUCCCCUGAAAGAGUAUACUACAGUUCUGCUAGAUCUUUAUCUAGAAGUCAUACUCCUACUUUGAAAUACUUCCACUCGCAGAGAACCACCCACAAUCAUGAUAAUGUUCAAGAACCCUUGAUUGGUGAACAUGUAUCGAGACAAUCACCACCUGUUUCACAACCUAAGACUAUGUUAUGUGUGGUUUUUACGGUGACAGUUUUUCUCUGUAUGUACAACAUUCAAUUUAAAAGGAACAGUUACAUCAGUUCGAAUACAGCAAAACAGCAUAACGGAAUUGUCAUGCAAGUAGGAAGAAAGCUUUUACAGGCAAGUGACAGUUUACUGGAAGGUAGUGAGGGCAUCGAGAAUAUUGGAAUCGGAACCUUCCUUGGAUGGGGAAUGGCAGCUAUAUACAUGGGUGGACGUCUUCCACAAAUUUUCCUGAAUAUCAGAAGGGGAAAUGUUCAGGGUCUGAAUCCACUAAUGUUUAUAUUUGCUCUUGUUGGGAACUCAACAUAUGUAGCAAGCAUACUUGUGAGCAGCAUGGAGUGGUCAAAAAUACAUCCAAACCUUCCAUGGGUGGUGGAAGCAAGCGGAUGUGUAAUGCUUGAUACUUUUAUUCUAAUCCAGUUUGUCUACUUUCGCCAUCGGAAGCACAAAGGUCUUGACACUAAGCAUGAAGACUUGAAUCCAUGAUUGCCAAACAAUAAACUACACACUGCUCUUUUGCUCGCCACUCCCUUGCUUACAUCAUACAUGGCUUAACGGAGAACAUAGGUCCAUAGGAUACAUUUCUACAUGUGAUUGCAUGUGGAACCCUUUGAUGGUACCGGAAAGGCAAAAUAUGCAUCGGGAAACAGUAGUUGAGGUAUUUUUUUCAUGGUUAACAUGCUCUAUGUUUAGACUCAAGUAGGAUCAAACAGGAUUAUGACUUUUUGUAUGAGAUUUGACAAGGAAGUUGAGUAUUCAAGGGAUGUAGCUUGUUUGUUUUA